AUGAAGCCUUUCGCUAUUUGCCUCACAUUGUGCAUUGCACUUAUCAGAUAUGUCUAUGGCUUACCCUCCUUGUCAAAACGGGCUACAUUUAAUGAUGAUCCUGCUAUUACAAACUCCGAGUCCGUGUCAGUAGGCAAACGUGCUUGCACUGAAAACCAAAUUUGCAGAACAUUUAUCGAUGAAGCAAAAGUCAGAGGGGAAUCACUGCAUCAAUACCCGUUCGCUAGAGUCUCAUCCGAAUACGACCAUCCGAUUUACCGACGUUCGCUAGCGCAUCUGAAGACAAAGGCGCACACAAAGGCUGCCCAGGCCCAUGACAAGGCAUCAGGUGCUCAUGCCUUUAAGGCAUCCAUGAUGUCGGCUUCAGCAAUUAAUCUCUUGGAAGACGGCAGCACCCAAUAUGUCAAACAUGCACAUGCGCUUGAACACGAAGCCGAGGAACACAGAAAACAGGCGGUUGAACACACACAAAAGUCUGACCAUCAUCUACAAAAGGCUCAUCAACCUGUAUCGCAUGGUGUCCUGUAUCCUUUCAAGUUGGCGAAGUCCAUCAUAAAGUCCAAAUUCAGCAAACACAAAGCAAAGAAGUCUUUACAUAAGGCGUCGACGUAA